AUGGUAGCAGAAGGCGGAAACGAUUACAAAAUCAGACUAUAUGGCAAAAUUCAAGGUGGAGAAGAGGGAUCCUCUACGCUUGAACUAACAAUCAACGCACCUCCACAGAGAGGAAACUGUAAAGCUUCGCCAACCUCGGGGAAGCCUUUAGAAACCGAGUUUACUCUAAAAUGUGAAGGAUUUACAGAUGAGGAGAAGCCGUUAAGUUACGAAUUCUUUUACUCGACAUCUCCCAAAGGACAGAACAAAAGUUUAGGAAGCGGACUUGAAGAUUCCCGCGAGAAAGUCAUCUUUCCCAAUGGUCUUGAAAAAUACGAUUCCAAAUUAUAUCUUUACGCCAAGGUCACUGACAAUCUGGGAGCCUCAACGACGGUCGAAUUUAGUAAUACUGUGGAAGUGAAAAAAGAAGAAAUAAACGUCAAAGAACUUCAGAACAAGGCGAACGAGCAGCUUGAGUCGAUGAUAAGCAGUGGAAAUAUAAGGGAGACUGCAUCGUUUGUGUUAAGUCUCGCUGAAGUACUGAACGAUCAGAGUACUUCAUCUGACGAUAAAUCUGUAAGCACAGAGGACAAGGAAGAAAGCGAAAAGCUGAGAGAGAAACUUGCUAUAGCUGUGGUUGAUUCUGCAAAAGUGUCCGAUGACACGAGCUUAUCAGACGUCGCUCAGUUUGCCAGCACUCUCACGGCAGUAACAAAUAAACCCGAACAGAAUACAGACAAGGUGGUGGAAAAGGUCUCCAGCCUCUACAAUGAUGCAAGUAAAGCGAUCUUGGCACAAGCUACUGGUGGCGAUGGAGCAUCUAGCAAAGAGAUUGAAGAAGCCUCCACAGCAGUAUUUGGUGGAGCGGUAAAUAUCAUUAAAUCCGCGGAUGUAAAGCAGAAAGAUGAGACGUCCACUGAGAAAGGACAGCCCAAAAAUAAUGCUCAGUUAGAAAAAGUUCUUGGUACUCUGGAUACUUUGUCGCAAGCUCUGAUAGCAUCCAAAGUUCAAGGUGAAGAUGCCACAAAAAUUGAGACACAAUCUUUGUCGAUGGGAGUUUCCAAGGAGGAUAGUGAAACUUUAGGAGAGGAACCUGUCACGAUCAAUGACACCCAAGUGAAACUGCCGCAGAAUUCGACAGUUUUCGGCAAUGGAACUCUUGAUCAAGUGGCAAUGUUGUCCGCAGUAAAUCUCUAUCCCGGUGGCCCAGGUACUAAGCAGAUAAACAACAGUCAGCUUGUAAGCUUUACUUUGUACCAAAGCGGAGCGAACAACAGCCGCAAAGAAUUCGUUGUCAAAGAUGUAGAGCCGGGAAAAGAAAUCAGUGUCAUGGUCCCCCGAAAGCAGCGCGAUGUCGAAAGGCGUAUAACGCAAAGUAAGCUUCACUCGUCCAAAUUCAACCUACACAAGUUUGUCAUACUUGACAAUUCAUCCGCUGUUACCAUUGAAGCCAAACCAGAGAUUCCAGUGGAUGUGGAAGUGUACGUGAAAGUGGGAGGCGAGCCAAAGCCUUCCCAAGGAGAGUUCGACUUUAAUUCAACACUUUCGGCUAGUCGCACAAAUUCUUCUAACUCUUCAAUUUCAUCUUAUUCUUAAGAAUACCUCCUGUCUAAUGAUAUUUUAAACUGGACGGCUGCGGGGAGCUACUCUGUUAAAGUACGUUACAAGCUUCCAGAGAACCUUUCAUUCACCGAGGA